AUGGAACCAAGGGAAGUUGGCCCUAGGCCGACAAGGGGUGAUAUUGGUGAAAGCUCUAGCUCUAAUCCAGCGGAGCAAGAUGAAGAGGACACACUUCUUAGGGAUUUGAUUCCCCCGAGCGGUGUUCCCAUUAUAAGGGAUAAUGUCGAGACACCCGUUGAAGAGGGUGAAGGUUCAGCUGGACUAGCAUUAAACCACUUAUUGCAGAGUGCCUUGAGGGCAACAAUUGCUACUCUUCCGCAACCGAUACCACAACCGGUAGUUCAGGUGGAGGAGAUGCUAGCGCAGAAACGUCUUAAGUUGAUUUCAUCUAAGUUGAUGCCAGUGAUGUUCGAAGGUGGUGCGGAUCUAAUGGAAGCGGACGACUAUAUGGAUCAAGUUGAAACUCAAUUGACUUAUAUGGAUGUGACGGAUGAUUAUGUGAAAAUCGUCUUAGCCACUUAUAAGUUUUCUAAGGAUGCCAAGUUUUGGUGGAAGUCAGUCACCAACCGGCACAAGGUGGAGGAGAUGAGUUGGGAGAAGUUUAAAGAAUUGUUCUACGAGAAGUAUUUUCUAGUUACCAAGAGAUGGGAGUUAAGGGAUCAGUUUAUUGGCCUCAUCCAAGGUAAUAUGUCGGUGACAGAAUAUGAGAACAAGUUCACCCCACUCUCUCGCUUUGCUCUAGAGAUGGUGAGUAACGAAGUUGACAAGGUUCGAAAGUUUGUUUCUGGGCUUGACUACAAGAUGAGACCGUUUAUAACGACACAAUACAUCAAGGUUUAUUCUGAGGCAGUGGAAAGAGCAUUGAUGCUAAAGGCGGAGGCCAAAGAUAAAUAUGCAAGAAGGGAACAGUGGAAGCAAAAAAGGAAUGCAGGGUCAUCUUCAGAGGGAUCUUCAUGGAAGAGGAACAUGAGUGGUUCGUCUCAGUUUCAGGGGCAGCAGUCUACACGAUUCGCUCCUACCACUCCUAUGCCAGCUGGGUCUGACAAGAGUGGAGUUGUUUGUUAUCAGUGUCAGCAGCCUGAACAUUACAAGUCCAGAUUUCCUAUGAACUUGACCACAGUUUCUGUGCCAUCAAGAGCUUGA